AUGAGCGGAAAGAAAUUCAGGUCGCAGGCUUCGAGCAGCCGCGCAGCGGUCGGCGCGUUUGGGAGUGGUCCAACUAGCUCAUUUGGUGGUUUUUCUACUGCUGGGGCUGAUCAGGAGACGCCGGCUUCUUCAUUAUCUUACGUCUAUGAGCCGCCCAACCUAUCACAAUUAUCUGACCCUCAGAUAGUAGUUACAUUUAAGAACCUUCUAAAGAAGGACAGUACUACAAAAUCCAGGGCAUUGGAAGAACUACAGAAUCAUAUAUUUAGUUCUGUGUCAGGCAAUGUCCUUCUCGACGACGGAUUACUAGAAGCAUGGUCCAAGGUUUAUCCACGUACCUCAAUAGAUUCAUCUCGCAGAGUCCGUCAACUCGCUCAUAACCUCCAGGGAGACAUCGUUUCUACGGCUGGAAAACGCAUUGCACGAUAUAUUAGUGGUACAAUAGGCGCAUGGCUGGCUGGCUUAUAUGAGAACGAUAAGCUGGUUAGGAAAUCUGCGCAGGAAUCGUUCAAUCGAGCGUUUCCCACGGAGGAGAAGCAACAGGGGAUAUGGACAGUGUACCAGUCCUCAAUACUUGAAUUCAUCGUGGAUGCCGCCCUCCAGCAAACACCACUUACUUUAAGCGAUGAACGGACUGUGCGGCCUGAUGAUGCAGAAGCAAAAUAUGCGCGAGUAGUAGCCACGGCACUGCAGGAGUUUAGCAGGCUAUUAGCCACUGCCUCGACUGAAAAACUUAACAAGAACUCGGAUUCUGUGAAGAAGCUCCUCGGGAGCAGAGAUUUAUGGAAGUUUUCUUACCAUGAAGAUGCUUUUGUCCGCCGAUCCUUAUAUGAGCUACUCCAGACCUGCCUCUCUAAGGAUAUCGAUUAUAUCGAUUGGAAAAUAAUAAGCACUUGGGUGCUAUCAAAAUCUUUGGGAAUCACGCAGCGUGGCUCUUCGUCAACAUUUUCAGGGCUUUUAUUGGAUUUGACCAAAAAGUCUCCUCAGGUGUGGACUACGGACUAUUCCUCAAAAGCUCCCGCCAAGAAGCAGCUAUUGCGAUAUAUUAAAGCUGGUUCAGAAGGUGCUGGUCCAUCUUACUGGUCGGAGUUGAAGCUUAUUUUGCAGUCACUCCCGGCAGAAGUUUUGGAAAUUGAAAGGCAAGAUGACACUGCAAUAAAGUCCAUAUCUUCUAUUGCAGAGGCCUUCCAUGGGUCAAUUGGGAAUAGGGAGGAGGCAAGGACAAACAUAUUAGCUGCCUGGACCGCUUACAUCCAAACAGUCCUUUGGAUGUCUAGCACAAUCCAUGAAGGCGAAAAAAGGCUCAAACUUCUGCAGGAUCACCUGUUCCCAAUCCUUGUGCAAUUCAUUGCAGCCAAUCAAGAACAGGCUAUGUGGACAGUCGAUGACCCUAAUGCUCCUCAGGUUUGUGUUGAGUUAUUUAGUGCUCUAAACCGCAUCACAGACCAAGACAUUACGCAUGCUCUGUGGUCAAAGUUAUCAACCUUACUAAAGGAUAACAUAUUAAUAUCUGAACCAGAACAGUCUCAGAAAUACCGAACUUCCCAGGAUUUCAUUUGCUCUCAGGGAGGCCGUUUUUUCACCCUUUGCCGUGGUGUUCUUGCAAAAACUACCGGCAGCGGUGAGCAAAAUUCGGUUGUGGAAUCUAUCAAGAACAGCUCAUUUUUAUUGAUAGAGACAUGUCUUCAAAUGCUUCAGUCUAGAAACGGGAAACCCUAUGGAGCAGCAGCAGUUGUUGAUGAGGCACUUACCAACAUACCAUCAAUUAUAUGUCAGAUGGAAGUUCUGGACUCAUUUGUUGCCGAUGUUCUCCCUCAGCUUAUCAUAUCACCCUCGGCAAACCGACUGGUAUCCAUUUUAUUUGCGUGUCGCGGUAGGAAAUGUUUUGAUGAUGGUCUUGCCAAAGUAAUUGACACAUACCACAAGAAAUCUCUAUCAACAGCCACCCAGUUGCCUUCUAUGAGCAAGUUAUUUUCUUCGGUAACAGGUCAUGACCAAGAAUUUAACCCAAUUUUGAAGCGUUUGGUUUUGAGUGUUCUAGAUCAGGGUGCUCGUGGAAGCCGUCAAUCCUGGCUAGAUAUCGCUGCGGCUCUCAAUAACGAGAAACUGAAACCUACUAUACGAGAUACCAUUUUUGACUCUUUGAUUGAGUUACUGUCAAAGGAUGAUUCGGCAAUUGAGGUCCUUCGUGGACUUCUACUAAUAUCAUCGGAGAGCGCGGGGGCAAUUCAAUCAUAUGUUGCAAGUCCAAAUGGCUCGAAGCUUAUAUCGAAACUUCUCUACCUUGCUGAAUCUUCCGAUGAAGAGGUUGUGCUCAUUGCCGAGUCAAUAAAGGGCGAAGUUACGGGCGAAAACAACUCUCUGAAGCCAACCCUUCAAGUUUUGGAAAGGAAUUUUACAACGGUGGAUAAUGAAUCACUAUCGGUUGAUUCGCUGGUAACUAUAGCGCGAGAAGCCUCUAACAGAACUGCUGCAAAUGAUAUAUCUAGCUUAUUACCCAGCUUAUUACCCCAAGAAAGUUCAUGGAAGGGUUCUUUGGAGCAAUUCCUUAUGAUUGCACCAAAACAGUCAUGUUCAAUAAUGAGUCCUUUAGGUGGAGCUGUAUAUAUCCUGGAUUCAUCACACAACUUGGAAACCCUACAUACUCUUCCAAGGGACAGGGACAAUCUUACAUUAGCCUUCCGGAUUACGUACUAUGUUACCAAAGUACUACAUUUCAUUGAAACGCGAGAUAUUCCAUUACCAUUCCUGGAAAACAUUUUCACUUACCUUCCUUUGGCGAUCCAACUUAUCGACGAUGAAUUGAGCAUCGAGGAAUCUACAACAAUACUAUAUAUUCAUACCCCCGAGGCCAAGGUUAUUGCUACAGAAAUUGUUUCAGAAGCUCGUGUACUCAUGAAUGGCUGGAUCCAGAGGUCAUGCACGACAGAUGCGCCUGGCGAGGCUGAUGCGAGAUCUUUUGUAUCAUUUUGGGAAAGAAACCUGUGCAAUAUAGAAGGUAAUGGGCCCAGAGCGUACCGCUUUGCAGAAAACUUCGCACGAAUCAUAUCUGAAAGAGACGCUAUUGCGCCUACGCCGCCAGCCGAAAGCAAACUACAAGCGGCAAUAAGAGUGCCUAAGCAUUCUAAUCCCUUUGUUCUGAUUGCAACUGUGGUUGGAUACAGGGAUUCGAUUAUCAGUACGCAAAUAGCUGGAAGGCUUUGUAACCAGUUAGUUGCGGACCUGACGGGCCUUAAACUUACUGAUGAUGCUGAUGCACUCCGACAAUUGGUAACGGCCAAUUCUCUGCUUCAUGGGGAGAAAAACCCAGCUACAAACAUCCCUACACAAAGAUUAGUAUUCUUAGUGAAACACUUAAUUGUGUGUUUACAAUCUAAGAAAUUUGGCCCGGGAAUAAUAGCGGAAAUAUUGAAAGUAUUGGCGGUUGUGUUACCCCUGGUAAAGGAUAUAUACGGAUCCCACUGGUCAGAACUGUUCGACUUCCUAAAUGAAUUUUGGGAUAAAGGCGACAUAUCUGAUGAAUUUCUCCCUGCUCUAUAUUCCUCACUGCGCUUGUUCAGCUGCUUGAGGAAACUGGCCACCGAUGACAGCAACGAGGACCUAGAAGAUGCGUGGAAGGACGCUCAGAAGUCACACACAGAAAAUAUGGUCAACCUGUUAAAGCAGUUUGGUGCUUCAUUACACUCUGACCAGCCCCAGAAUAUCACUACGGAUCUUCUAUCUCGAGAACUGUCAAAAAUUAAUACUGAUUCAAUUUCAGAUGUUAAAGAACUAUUCUCAAGUCUUACUAUCGAGAAUAAGGGUGUGCAGCGUGCGACCUAUGGAAUCAUUCAUCGAGUAAUCCCCAAGAUCCAAGAGACCUUGUCUUUCGAUGUAGCUCUAUCCAAAAUAGCUGUCACUUUACCAGAUGAACUGCUGUCUCUACUCUCGGAGGUACCACCAGCAGUACCGCUUAGGGAGACAACCAUAGAUGAAGAUUUUUGGCUUGGAGCUCGCUCAUAUCUCCUUGGUUGGAAGGUGGUGUUUGACCAUUUCGCAUCCUCUUCAAUCCCGAUCCAAGAGAGCUACAACUCAGAUAUAAAGCAGAAAGAAUGCCUAAAUCCACUAUUAGAUUUCGCAUUUGACUGCCUUGAAUCUUCCCAGGGCCAACUCGUUGAUGCUUCCAAGUUCGAAAUUCGGUCCUUUGAGUUAGACAGCUCUGAAUCACCGAAGAAGGAGAUGCACUGGCUCCUAGUCCAUACGUAUUAUCUUGCUCUAAGAUACCUGCCGAACCUUACAAGGGCUUGGUGGGUGGACUGCAAGAAACGGUUGAAGACACCAGUGGAAACCUGGACACAAAAAUACAUUUCACCACUGAUAAUAGAGGACUCGCUGCGGAAUGUGAGUGACUGGUACUCAGGGCAGGACUGGGACGGCGAAGACCAUGCACUGGAAGUCAAGACAUCCUCCAAAGCGGCCGAAAUUAUUGGUAGCAUCGAGAUCGAUGAGGAAUCACCUCCCACCUCCAUCGCCAUUUCGCUUCCCCCAACAUACCCACUACAUCAAGCCAUUGUUACUGGCCGCUCGCGAGUAGCUGUCGAUGAGAAGAAAUGGAAGAGUUGGCUGCUGGUGAUCCAGGGAGUGAUACUGUUCUCCAACGGAAACCUCAUGGACGGGCUGCUAGCCUUCAGACGUAACGUCCAGGGAGCCUUGAAAGGACAGGGAGAGUGUCCUAUCUGCUGCUCUAUCAUCUCUUCAAACAUGCAGACGCCAAAUAAAAGGUGUGGAACAUGCAAGAAUAACUUCCAUUCGGAUUGUUUGUUCAGGUGGUUCAAGAGCAGCAACUCAAGCAGCUGUCCACUAUGUCGCAACAGCUUUUUGUAUUCAUGA